CUUGACUGCAGCUCUCCUCUCGUCCACCCCGCCCCAAUAAUAUUCUUCUUCCUCGACCUCCACUAGCCGCCCAACCACUCCAACCAAGGCGCACCGCACCAUCACACGCUCGACGGCUUCCGACGACGAGCGACGAUCCUCUGCUGGUGCUGGUGCUGCAGGGGGCUCCGCGCCGCGGCGGAGGGGCACGACCAGCAGCAAGAGGGGGGCGACGACGCGGCGGGAGCUGUGACACAUGCCUCUGUGGGGGACCGCGUCCGGCCCACCGCCGCCUCUGGCGGAGGGAGGAGGCGCGGAGGGGUCGGGCGGGUCGUCUGGUGCCGCGGCGAUACGGUCGCUGCUGCCUACCAGGCGGCGGCUGCGGCUUGACCCGCCAUCAAAGCUCUACUUCCCAUAUGAGCCUGGCAAGCAAGUCCGGAGCGCGGUGAAGAUCAAGAACAUCAGCAAGUCCCAUGUGGCGUUCAAGUUCCAAACAACAGCACCAAAGAGCUGCUUCAUGAGGCCUCCCGGCGGCAUACUUGCUCCAGGAGAAACCAUCAUAGCUACAGUGUUCAAGUUUGUGGAGCAUCCUGAGAACAACGAGAAGCCUUUAGAUCAGAAGUGCAAGGUCAAGUUCAAGAUUGUUAGCCUGAAAGUUAAAGGGCCUGUGGAGUAUGUUCCAGAAUUGUUCGAUGAGCAGAAAGAUCAGGUUGCAGUUGAACAAAUUCUGCGGGUUAUUUUCUUGGAUGCUGAGCGUCCUAGCGCACAACUGGACAGACUCAAGCGUCAGCUCGCUGAAGCUGAAGCAGCUCUUGAGGCACGCAAGAAGCCUCCAGAAGACACCAGUCCCCCUAUCGUUGGUGAAGGGCUUGUGAUCGAUGAAUGGAAGGAACGAAGAGAGAGAUAUCUUGCUCGUCAGCAGGUUGAAGAGGUUGAUUCGGUAUAAACACGGUGCCAAAAACUCUGCAAAACACCGGUUCCUGUCCAUGGUUUUAGCUCUCGCGAACUAAGAUGAGGCUUUGUGUAAUUAAGAUUUAGCUUCUUCCUCGGCCCUAUAUGUAGAUAGCCAGUCAGUGCUUGAUAAUAAUAUCCUCUGGGAUAAAUCUUGUACGUGGUGUUCUAGAUUUAGAUGUGUGAUUGUGUUACAUUUCCCACCGCUGUUUCAGUCAGUGCUGGUUCCAAUCAAUACCAAAUGUAAUUUUAUCAGAAAAAUCACUCUUCAAGGUGUUUAAUGGAAGUUCUCUGCUCAUGUUACACUA